CUUUUCAACAUAUUUCUUCUCUUAUUGAAUCAAGACUUUCAGACACUGCAACCACCACCUUCUAAUUCUAUAGCUCUUCCUUCCCUUACAAACAACAAUGGCAGAAGCAUUCCUCUCCGGUCUUGCAAAAGAAAUAAUGACAAAGUUGGGUUCCCAUACUAUCCAGGAGAUUGGCCUGUACUGGGGCUUCAAAGACGAGCUUCACAAGCUCAACAGAAUGGUAUCCACCAUCAAAGUUGUGCUUCUUCAUGCAGAGGAGCUGUCAUCGGAGAAUCGUCAAGUCAAAGAGUGGCUUUCGAUGCUCAAAGAUGCAUUUUAUGAUGCUGAUGACUUGUUGGAUGAGUUAUCACUCAAGGCUUUACAAAAACAAGUUAUGACUGGCACAAGAAUGGCCAAGGAGGUACGCCUUUUCUUUUCCAGCUCAAAUCCAUUUGCUUAUGGUCUUAAAAUGGCUCAUAAGAUUAAGGCAAUCAGAGAAAGAUUAGAUGAGAUAGCUGAAAAUAGGAAGUUUUUCUUGGAGGAGCGCCAUGAGGAGAGGCGUAUUGCAGCUAAUAAGGGCAGGGAACAAACUCACUCCUUUCCACCUGAAGUAGUUGUUGGCAGGGAACAUGAUAAGGAGGCAAUUAUAGAGCUUCUGUUGAAAUCCAAUGAUGAAGAGAAUGUGUCAAUUAUUCCCAUAAUUGGAAUUGGUGGAUUGGGAAAGACAACAUUAGCCCAACUUGUGUAUAAUGAUGAGAAAGUCAAAGGGCAAUUUGAGCUAAAAGCAUGGGCAUGUGUCUCAGAUAAUUUUGAUGUAAAAUUAAUAGUUGAAAAGAUUUUAGAAUCUGUGUCUCGUCAGAAACCUAAUAGUAGCGAGAUGGAUGCAUUGAAAAGUCUCCUUCAUGAAAAAAUUAUUGGGAAGAAAUACUUGAUUGUGUUGGAUGACAUAUGGAAUGAGGAUUCAGAAAAAUGGAAUCGCUUAAAGGACUUGCUAGUUGGUGGUGCAAGAGGAAGCAAAAUAAUAAUAACCACGCGACUUAGAAAGGUUGCAGAGUUGGCUCGCCCCAUUGCUAUGUAUGAAUUACAAGGCUUGCCUAAAUCUGAAUCUUGGUCAUUGUUUGAAAAAAUAGCAUUCAAGCGAGGACAAGUGGUAAGUCAAAGCCAUGAAGAUAUAGGAAGGGAAAUUGUAGCCAAGUGUUUGGGGGUUCCUUUGGCCAUAAGAACAAUAGGAAGUCUCUUGUACUUUAAGGAUUCCGAAUCUGAAUGGUUAUCCUUCGAAAGUAAAGAACUCUCAAAGGUAGAUCAGUGUGAAAGUGAUAUUUUGCCUACUCUUAAGUUGAGUUAUAAUUAUUUACCUUCGCAUUUGAAACAAUGUUUUGCAUAUUGUGCGUUAUUUCCAAAAGACUACAAAAUUGAUGUUGAUGUGUUAAUACAUCUUUGGAUGGCACAAGGUUAUGUUAAGUCAUCGGAUCCGAGCCAAUGUCUUAUAGAUGUUGGUCUUGAAUAUUUUGGUGAUCUUCUUUGGAGGUCUUUCUUUCAAGAAGUUGAAAAAGAUGACCUUGGUAAUUAUAGAACUUGUAAAAUGCAUGAUUUGAUGCAUGACCUUGCAAUGUCGGUUGUUGGAGAGGAGUGUACUUCAUCAAAUUUUGAGGUGGGAUAUACGAAUGAGAAAACUCGCCAUAUAUCAUUUAAAAUUGAUUGGCUCUCACAUGCGGAAGUAAUUUCACCUUCCAUGCUUAAGGCAAACAAGGUGCGGACAUUCCUUUUUUUACGUUCAAGUACGUCUUGUGGCUAUGAGGAAGAAACGCCUCAAAUCAAAGAACUAUGCAACGCAAUGUCUGCAUUGAGCUGUUUAAGGGUGUUAGAUCUACACCAAUUAGGAAUUAUGUCUGUUCCACGUUCAGUUGAGAAAUUGAAGCAUCUAAGGUAUCUUGAUCUUUCUGAGAAUCCAAGUAUCAAAACACUUCCUGAUUCAAUCACCAAACUACAAAACUUACAAAUUCUGAAACUGAUAGGCUGUUACGGGCUUAUACAUUUACCAAAAGACACGACAAGGUUGGUCAAUCUCAGGUGUCUUGACCUCAGAUAUUGUUUUGGGUUGACUCAUAUGCCACGUGGGAUUGGACAAUUGAGUUCACUGGAGAGAUUAUUAAGAUUUGUGGUAGCCAUGGAUAAUACUGUGUGCAGUGGACUCGGUGAAUUACAAGGAUUGAACAACUUGAGAGGAGAGUUGAAUAUUGUGAAUUUGCGUUAUGUGAAAAAUGGUACAUCUGAAUUUAAGGCGGCCAAUUUGAAAGAGAAGCAACAUCUUCAGAGUUUGGCAUUAAAAUGGAAUGAAGACGGUGAUGAUAUUGAGGGUGCAAAUGACGUUGAGAAUGAUGAAAUGGGGUUGGAAGCAUUACGGCCCCACCAAAAUUUGAAGGACCUAUCUUUGUACUCUUACAGAGGAGUGAAGUUUCCCGGCUGGAUUUCUUCCCUCACAAAUUUGAUGUCCAUUCGUUUCUGCUCUUGCAAAAGCAUAAAGCGUCUCCCACCAUUUGAUCAGCUUCUUUCUCUUAAAUCUUUGUGCAUUUCUGGAUUAACUAAUCUAGAGUAUAUAGAUACUGAUGGAGGAUCUUCAUCAUUCUUUCCUUCCCUAACACAACUCUACCUCUUCGACUGCCCUAAUCUGAAGGGAUGGUUGACAUGCCUGAGGAAUGAUGGAACGGCAGACCUCCCUAGAUUUCCUUGUCUUUCCAUUUUGUAUAUCGAUAAUUGCCCUAACCUGACUUCCAUGCCAUUACUUCCGUCUUUAGAAACAUUGCAUUUUAGUGGUAGCGGUGGGAAGCAAUUAGAGCAUAUAAUAAAGAUGAUUAUUUCAGCAUCACAGUCCAGUCCCUCCUCCUCCUCCUCAUCCUCUUCUUUUUCUUUCCCAAUCUCUCAAUUUAAAGAUCUAACCAUUGAGGAAGUUGAGGAUUUAGAAUUUCUGCCAGAGUUGCUGUUUAACCUUACUUCUCUUCAAAGUCUGAUUGUUAAUAGUUGCACAAAUAUAACAACUCUGUCACGUGCUGAGAAUGACAAAGGAACGCAAUGGCAAGCCCUUAAAAACCUCCGUUCUCUAAGGCUUCAUAAUAACCUGAACUUGGUGUCUCUCCCAAGGGGACUUCGGUAUGCUACCACUCUGCAUGUUCUCGAGAUCAGCGAUUGUCGUAAUUUGAUGUCUUUACCAGAGGGGAUGGACAACCUUACUGCAUUACAAUUUUUGUAUAUCAACCGUUGUCCCAACCUAUCAGAAAAAUUUGAAAAGAACGGUGGGGAGAAUUGGCCCGAGGUUACUCACAUCCCAAAUAUUUCUAUCAAUGACAAAGUAAUUCGAGGGAAUGUUUGAUUAGAAAAAUCCUCUGCACUGUCACUGUGAAUCAUUGUCUGGCCUUCUUUAAAUUGAGACGGGGAGGCUGUCAACUAAUUCUGUUCAUCUCAUUCAUCUGUUAAAUUUGGAGAAAUUUGGUAUAUUUUGAUCAGAGUAGCCAUUUGGAGGAGAUUAGAGUUGAAUUACAAAAAUUUUUGAAGUUGAGUUAAAAAUGGCCGAGAGCUUCACAAUCUGCAGCACAACCGAUUUAGCUUAUGUCGCAGGUUGUGUCGAUCGUCAGAUAUUCAGGCCGAAGGUUACACAGCCCGCGACACAACCGAUUCAGCUUAUGUCGUUUUUACUGGAAAUGGCUGACGUGGCAUUUUCGUUACUCUGAUUUUAUACCUCACUUUCUCUGGAAUCUUCCACCUUUUUACCCAUUCUAGGGCAGACCCCUAACCCAUAUAAAACCUCCUUUAACUAUUUUCUUUCCAUAAAGAGGAAGGGAGGCAUUUUUGGCAAGAAAUAAGGGAGAAAGAGAGAAGGACGGAAGCCAUUUUCCAGCAGCUACAGAGGCCAUUUUCUGCACUCUCCAGCAGUAGAUUUAACAGCAUUCUUCUGGGUUUUUCUACUCCUUAGCUUAUAUUCUCAUUAUUUCUUCAUUUAUACACUUGAGUUUGUCUUGAAACUAUGGUUUGUGAGUAGUUAUUUGAGAUUCUAGAGAUGGGUUUGUGAAUAUUGCUUUGUAUUGUGGUUUUGAACUGAUUUAGUCAUUUAAAUGAGAUUUUUUACAUUUUGAUUUA